AUGGCUGUCUCCGGGGACCCAGCAUUCAGGUCCAUGGGAGUCGGAAGCGCUAAUGUAUACGCCGCCACAAAGCAGUUGGGUGGUCCUCCUGUGGCCUGUGUUUAUGGCGGUGGGAGGCUUUCAACUGGGCAUCAACCUGGCAGUCUGAUUUGCGAUAUCGAUAGGACGGCCCCCCAAGCCUUAGGACGCACGACCGCAGGGGAUCGAAAAGCCAGGCUUCAGCAGACCAGGAUGGUUCGCAAGCCACAACGUCUGGCCUGUCUGGGCGUGAAGCGAACAGGAAACCAAUAUGAAACCGAGUUGAUCCACAACCGCCCCCAUCUCGCCCUCAAAAAAAAGAGGGAGGAGAUGGUGAGAGCACAGGUCCCUGAGAAUCAGUGUGGCUUUGUGCUCGCCUCUUCCCCCUCUUCUGAAAUGGGGUACGUAUGUGUAGUCGCCCGGCCGUUGCGCCCAUACGGAGGAACUGCGUUGCAUCCCACGAUUGCAGGGCCGAUUGCAGGGGGGGAUAACGAUGAAGAGAGAUUGAAAGCCUCCCCGGAUGCGGAUAAAAAUCCGCUCAUAGCCACGAACGGCUUGAUUAUCCGGAUGCCCGCCUGUAAGCCCUAA